ACUUAUCAUUAUCAAAUAUCAACAUACGGUUUUGCUUAUGUAUAUAAUUAUAUAUCAACUGGCAUAUUGUAUGAAUGAAAUUGAAUGAAUCUACUUUCUAUCAUCAAGACUAUAAAGUAUAAAUUGACUUGUAUACUUAUUACUUCUUUCCACUUAUGGUGGUAAUUGCUUAUAUAUUUGAAUAUUUUAUAAAUCGACUAUUUAAAUAGUGUUUACAAUUUAAUAUAAAAUAGUAAUGCCGCCAAAAAAAGCAGAAAAAGGAGGAAAAGCAGCUGGAGGAAACAAAUCCAGUGGAGGCAAAUCAGGUGGAGACACGAAAGAAGCCGCAGGAAAAGAGAAAAAAGGUGGGACAGCUGUCAAAGUUCGACAUAUACUUUGCGAGAAACAAUCAAAGUGUUUGGAAGCUCUGGAAAAAUUGAAAGCAGGCCAAAAAUUUCCUGAUGUAGCGGCAGCAUACAGUGAAGAUAAGGCAAGACAAGGUGGAGACCUCGGCUGGAUGACAAGAGGUUCCAUGGUCGGGCCCUUUCAAGAUGCGGCAUUUGCCUUGCCUAUAUCAUCAGUCACCAACCCUGUGUAUACUGAUCCUCCAAUAAAGACAAAAUUUGGCUACCAUAUUAUAAUGGUUGAAGGAAAAAAAUGAUGGAAAUGGUUUCUGAGUUUGAAUAUUUCUGGGCGAUUGUUUUGUUAUUUAUUAUGGAAAGAAUUUGUUGCCUGCAGGAACAAUUCGAUAAGGAUUUACUAACUUUACCUGAUACGCAGCGGUCUAAUGUGUCACUGAACUCUGAUAUUCCAGAGUUUUCUAACACUGAGUAAGCUUAUGUUUUAUAUAAAAUAAAAACAAAGUAGUCUUAUUACUAUUCAUUGUAAAUGUAGUAAAUUUAAUUAUUGUUAUGUUUAUUAAAUUCUGUGCAAACAAAAAUUUUAUUCUACACAUGUGACAUGUAAUACUUACAAAUUCUUUUUAACUGUUGCAGUUAUGGUUUGAAGCUAAGUUUUCUGCGUCUGUACCGCCUGAUGCAUAUAUCAAUGCUUCUAGCACUUGCAAACUUUUGUAAUCUAUGCCUUUGGUUCAUAAUGGCUAGGAAAAUGUCGCCCAGAAGACUUUUGUACACGUUUAAUUUAAGUUUGCCUUUAAAAUAUAGAAUGUGAACUGCCUUACAAUAACUGAAUAUAUUCAUUUAUAUUUUC